AUGAAAACGGUGAUUGUAAUAUGUCAGCUCUUUUGUUUUUCGUUAGUUUUCUCACAGUUGGAUAAACGUAUCGCAGACUAUCUUCUCCAAAACUUACAAAGUGAAUUAGGACGUAUAUCGCAAUCAGCUUCACUUGACAAGACACAAGAACUUGGAGAGGAAGAGACAGGGUCAGAAAAUCAGUUGGCAUAUCAAAGAACUGAGGACGAAGAUUUAUUGUUCCGAAGAGCAGACCGACAAACAACACGUCGUACAACAGCUGCUCCAAGAACACCGAACUCUAGAACUACUACCCGUACUACCGCUGCUAGGAGAACUACGAAGGCAGGAAACACAGCAUCCAGUACGGGUCAGAAAGCUCAACAAACUGCGAAACAGACUCAGAACGCAUAUGUAAAAGUAGGAAAUACAUAUAACGAAGUGAACAACCCCAUCAUCAUCAACAUUGAUCUACGCCUCAAAAAAUCUGCUGACGCUCCGAGAGAACUUGCAACUCCACCUCCCUACAACGGCAUUACGAAAUCUAAACCUUAUUGA